AUGAGAUCGUGUGGCAAGAUGAAGCUACUUAAGCUAGUGAGGCUGAUCUGUGCUGGCGGCGCCGUCGCCGAAAGUGUGACUGCUCUAGCUGUGAGAGGGCGGGAAUCACAGGGACCGACGGGACAGGCUCUGAAUAGUCUGCUGAUGUCGCUUGUUAAUCGAUCGCCAUAUAACACAUCCGCCGGUCAGGUUGCUCGAGUUACGCAAGCGCCGCAACUGGCGAUACACCUGUCAAAAGCGAGGUUUGAUGACUCUAUAUCACAAAGUGCAGCGACGCCAUUCAUUGACAAAGCGCAGGAAAACAUAGACAAAUAUGAGGGAGAACUGGCACAUAUGACAGGCGUAAACUUGCUAAAAAGCUGGAUACCUUAUACGCGUACGAGGUAUGACCCUAAGCACGAUCGUUAG